AUGGUUUACUGUUACUGUAGGAGAGAGAAAGGUUUACAGAUAACAAUUGAGGAAAUAGACCAUUACAUAGUUCUUGGGUUAGUUACAGGAGAAGAAGGAUCAAAGCUCACUGAGAAAGAAAUUUCCACAGCAUAUCGAAAAAAAGCUAUUGAAUUACACCCAGAUAAAAAUCUCAACGACCCAGAUGCUCCAGCUAAGUUCCAGAAACUUCGAGUUUCUUACGAAAUUCUCAAAGAUCCUAAAGCUAGGAAAGAAUUCGAUGAUUUACUUAGGGUUAGGAGAGAGAAGAAGGUUCGGGAUAAGCAAUUCGAUGCGAAACGACGUCGGAUGAUGUCGGAUUUGGAGGAGAGAGAAAGGGCAUCGUUUGUUGAUCCGGAGAAGAAGGCUCGUGAUGAAGAGGAGGCUAUUAUGAAGAAAUUGGCUGAGGAAAUUGCUAGAAUUAAAGCUAGUUUGGCGAAGAAACCAGUUUUUGAGGAGGAGAGGGGAGAGAAUGUGGGUGGUGUUGGUGGGGUUGCAUUGGAUAAGAUUAAGGUGUUGAAGGUGAGUUGGGAGAAGGGCGAUUCCGAGUAUAGCGCGAGUCGAUUGAAGGAAUUGUUUGAGGAAUUUGGAGAUGUUGAAAAUAUUGUGAUUAAGGGUUCUAAGAAGAAGAGUUCUUGUUCUUCUGCACUUGUUGUUAUGGGAUCAAAAGAGGAUGCUGUUGCUGCUACUGGAGUUAUGAUUGGGGAUUUAUCAAAUCCAUUGCUGGUUUUGCCUCUUGAACCAACUAAACCAAUGCCUUCUGUUAGAGCCCAAGCUCCGGUGGAGCGAGACGAAGCACCCAUGGGGAAUGUUGUUGGGGCGGGAUUUCAGGCGUUUGAGGAUUCAGUUCUUGAUAAACUCAGAAAGGCUGCAGAGAAACAAAAAACAAACAAGAAGGAAAUUUAAGACAAAAGUGCUAUUGAUUUCACUGCAGAAGCUCCGGGCUUCACCCGACAGACUGUCGCUUUGGAUGACUGCUUCCUCUUGACAGAAUUAAAGUUUAUCUUCUGAGGAUCCCAUCACAACUGUAUGAAGAACCAUUUUCCAUCACAAGUGUGCACAACAAUGGCCCAAAGGUCACGGAGCUACAAAUUACCUAUCAGAAGCUAUUCUAAGCUUGCAAACUUGUAAAGUUGUAAUGCUUUGAAAAAUCUUUGUAUAUUUAUACAAGUUGAUCGUCA